AUCACUACGUAUGUCAGAUAGACUAAAUUUAUUUAACUCACAAAUAUAUUUUAUUGUAUAAAGAAUGCUUUUACAGAUUAAAGUUUAUAUAAUAACAAUAUUAUACUUUUUUGGCUCUUUAUUCAUGGUAUUAUUUCCACCAAGAAAUUUUGAACAGUCCUCCGGAGCGAGUAUACGAAUAAUGCGAAGAUUUGGGGAUGAAAUAAAUUAUAAAGAGUAUAUCGACAACGAGGCUCUAUUAACUAUAAUUCAACGCAUAACACGUAAUGACUCGGAAGUAGCUCGUUUGGUGUAUUUAAAGCCUAUCACUGCAGAAAAUAGAAGUAUUGUGUCUUUAGAACUGCACAGUGAUUUGCAAAGCAAAAAACCUGGAAUACUCGUUAUUGGAGCACUUAAUGGCAUGGUAUGGGGAGCUUCGAAUGCAGUGAUAGAACUGGCUGAAAAGUUACUUUAUGACUCCAACUAUCAAACUCCAUUCUUCAAUGAUUAUGAUUGGUACUUAAUCCCGAUGGGUAAUCCAGACGGCAUACAUUUCACUCAAAAACUACGCUCCCGUCCUUCAUUUGGUGCUGACGAAUGGUCUAGAAAUAUUACAGUCAGAAACCAAACACGCCCAACUGUUUGGCACAAGAAUGUAGACAAGAACAAUGGUCCCGGAACAUGUUUCGGUACCAACAUCAACCGCAAUUUUGCAUACCAUUGGCAAGACGAUGUCAGCAAAACUCCAGAUCAAUGCUCGCAGUAUUAUCCAGGUGUUAAACCAUUUUCUUCGGUUGAAGCGCAAGCAAUACGUAACUAUAUCCACCGUCUAGGAGAUGUAAUACAUUUAGCGAUUCAUCUACAUGCUAGCUUUGUUCCUAAAAAGGAAUUUAUAUUAUAUCCAUGGCGUUAUUCUCUUCGACACCCAAGCAAUUACCGAACGUUACAAGACAUCGGCGAAUAUGCAGCGAGGCAAUCACGGUUACCCGACGGACGAUUAUAUGAGGUACAUCAAAGCAGCAGCGACGAACGUGUGGCUGGCUCGCUCAGUGACUACAUCACCGGUGUAGCGGGCAUCGACCUAGUAUUCUUAGUAAAACCGUACCAUCAGAUGUAUCCUAACUAUACAGAUCAUACCAUUCUUGAGGUGUACGUAAAGAAAGCAAUGUCGGCAAUAUUGAGCUUAGUUCGGGGUUGGAGAAGCAGCACUAAACAAAAUACACUCUCAUUCUUUGGGAAGGAUGUCGAAUUUUAGUUUUAAAAACCAAUCUGAAUCAUCUCA